CUCCAAUAAGUCUCUGCUGGAUGAAGUUUGUCAAUCCCAUCUAUGGAUGCCGAGCACGCUCCAGCAAGCUGACAGCUAAGAUGUGCCACUAGGCAAAAUACCCCUGGCUCCUAACAGCCGUACAUGCAAUCGCGACCACGAUCGGUUGCUGUGUGGUGUUAUUUCGCAGAAUCUCGACACUGCAAAGAAUGGACCGGAAAGAAUACCUCACGAUGGUUGGCUUCUCGCUCCUUUUUACACUGAACAUCGCCAUGUCGAAUAUCUCAUUGGAUGCCGUAUCGGUAGCAUUCCAUCAAACGGUGCGCUCUGCGUCUCCCGCGGUCACUAUUCUGCUGUAUCGGUUGAUCGACCUCUGUGGUGGUGCGAUUAGCCGUCGCUUCACUUGGACAACCUGCUUGACUACGUUCCCACUGAUUUUGGGCAUUGCACUUGCCACGAAAGGAGACUUCACUGCCACAUCCAUGGGUCUCAGCUUGACACUCGCGGGCGUGAUACUGGCGUCGAUGAAGCAGAUCGCCAUGGGUAUGCUGAUGACUGGGCCGUUACAGCUCUCGUCAAUAGAGCUUCUGUUGCAUCUUUCACCACUCGCAAUGGUCUAGUGCCUCGCAUUGGGUAUGGUGACAGGUGAGGUUCAUGAUGUGCACGCGGCCUGGCACAUAGGAGCUUUGUCUGUAUUGAAAAUGGGGCCACAAUUGUUUUACAACAUGUUCGCAGCUGUGCUUCUCAACUUGAUCAGCUUUGAAGCGAAUCGCAUCGUGGGCGCCGUGGCUAUGACAGUAUGCGGCAAUGUCAAACAAGUUCUGACGAUCAUGGUAGCAGCGUUCUGGCUCAAUGUGCAGAUCGGAUUUCUCGGCACUCUUGGUAUUGGCAUAACGCUUGCAGGCGCAUUUGCGUACAGCUGUGUUGAGGUAACAACCGUCAAGCGGUGGU